AUGGCCGACUGUGCAGAGGUCUCCCGCAGGCUGAAAGGCGCAUGCGCACACCUAAGGUCCCGGGCGGCCGCUCCUGGAUUGCGCACGCGCGGUGUGUGGCGGUCGCCAUGGAAACGCGUGGCGCUGACCCGGCGCUCAGCUCCUGCGGCCGCGGGCUCGGCGGCAGGGGUCUCCGGCUGUCCCUGGCGCGAGUGGCAGCGCGGAGGGCUGAUGGACUGCCGCGGUGUGGUGGGGGCGUCGGGGUACGGCGAAGAGGGCGAGGACGAUGAGGACGACGAGGAGGAGCGAGAGGGUGGCGCUGUGGGCUGCCUGGGGGCCAAACUGCCCCCCAUCGCAGGCAGCGCCUCAGAAUUGAACAAACGGAAGGUGAAGAAGAAAAAGAAGAAAAAGAAGACCAAGGGGUCCGGCAAGGGGGACGAUAAGCAGCAGAGUCGGUGCCUGAAGAGCCAGCAGCUGUCCUCAUCCUUUCACGACAUCUUAAGUUCCAGCAAAGAUCACGGCCCCAGGCAAGAGCACAAACAGGACAAAGGUGAACACAAGCCCAUCCCGCCUUACUCCACUGUAAAUCUCCCCCAUUUCGCUGAAAUAGAAGAGAACCUCUCCCACCACAUCAACGAAAGCCUGCGUUGGGACGGAGUUCUCGCUGACCCAGAGGCAGAAAAAGAAAGGAUUCGCCUAUAUAAGCUGAACCGGAGGAAGCGGUACCGCAUUUUGGCCCUCAAGGGCUUCCACUCUGACCUGGGUGGCGAGGAGAGCCCUGAGAACCUUCUGUACCUCUGCGAUAAAGACAGCAGCUCAGAUGGCAGGUCCUGCUUUGAAGGAAGCCUCGCUCCCAAGCUGCUGCCCUCUGACCUGGCUGCUGCUGCGCCAGAGUGAAAAUCCAGCCUGACGCUUUCCCCGAACCACCAGCUUUUGUGUUACCAAAGAAUAAUAAUAAAAGGAAAUCAGACUGUCUGAAGGAA